AUGGACACGCCGCUCGAAGAGAGUGGCCCGGCCCCUCUCGCCCAGUCGAUCCUGCAAACGGCACAGCUUCUCUACCCCGUCGUGCUCCUCCUAGCCUUCAUACUCUCGGCCGCUGUCCACAGCAUCGUCUCGUCUAAUACCGAGGAAGAGCUGGUUGUUCCCACGGCCACGGGUCCCGGGGGCAAGCCGCUGCCUGUCACCAAGAGGAAGCGGGGGCAGACGGCAUCGUCACAUACUGACAGCGUUGGUCGCACUGGUUGCUCCAAGACCGUUGUCCAAUACCUGACAGCCGCGGUUGUUUUGUCGUUCGUCGCCAAUGGCGCAGCAAUUGCUGCUCAUGCCCUUCAGUCCAUCCGGCGUUCCGGUUUCGAAAACGCUUGGUGGUGCGGUGAGGAGCGAGUCGUCUACGUUGCCGGAUCGCUGUUUUUAUACAUUUACAUCCUCAUUACGCUCUGGGAGGGCUCUCAGAGUCCGUCCAUCGUUCACCAAAUAUUCUGGACCCUCGGCCUCGCUGGCGAGUUGAUUAUUCUGCUUGCCUUGAUCAAUACAAUCGACGGGGGCUACGAUACGGCAAAUGGCAGAACAGCGGUUGCUUUUGAGGCUGAGUCGAGUCUCGACUCGUGGGACGCCAUCGACCUGGGCAUUGCGGCCAUCCGCAUCUGUCUCAUCGCGUUUCUGAUAUGCCUCUAUUGUGUGGCUGCUCGCAGGAAGCAACAGGAAGAACGCCGUUUCAAGGACGAGGAGGCCCAACGGUCAGAUUCGGACGAGGCGAGUCCGCUGCUCGGCGGGCACGGGGACUAUCGUGGUCACACAAAUGGCCAUGCGAGGCGAGGCACGGACUAUGGCGGGACAAACGGGACCUCCAGUGACUCUGGCCGGGGCUGCCAGCAGCCGGACGAGGAGGCGGCCUUUUACAGACCUGAGAAGCUACCUCACAAGACGUGGUAUGAAUACUGCCGUGGGUAUUCAGUCUUCUUCCCGUACCUCUGGCCGGGUGACUCUCUCAAACUUCAGGGCGUGGUGCUGCUAUGCUUCAUCCUUGUCGUCAUGCAGCGUGUUGUCAACAUCCUGGUGCCCGCCCAGAUGAAAGCCGUGACAGACAUCCUUGCGCACAAAGGCGACACCGACGCCCAGCCGUGGACCCAGUUGGGACUCCUGAUCUUGUAUAAGUUGCUGCAGGGACCCUCUGGCCUUCUAGGCUCUCUCCGAUCCAUCCUCUGGAUACCCGUCUCGCAGCACACGUAUCGCGCCUUGACCACGGCGGCUUUUGAGCAUGUGCAUUCUCUUUCACUAGAUUUCCAUCUGGGCAAGCGCACUGGCGAGGUGCUUUCGGCGCUCAACAAGGGCGCCUCGAUCAACCAGUUUCUGGAGCAGGUCACGUUCCAGGUGGUGCCGAUGCUAAUCGACCUCAUGGUCGCCAUCAUCUUCUUCUACGUCCAAUUCGGGCCCAUGUACUCCCUCUUCGUCUCUGUCAUCACCUUCUACUACCUCUACCUGACCAUCCGCAUGGCUGCCACUAGAGCCGACCAGCGUCGCGACAUGGUCAACGCGGACCGCGAGGAGGAAGCAGUCAAGAACGACUCAAUCACAUCGUACGAGACGGUCAAGUACUUCAAUGCCGAGAAGUACGAGUUUGACCGUUACCGCCAGGCCAUCAAGAAUUUCCAGGCGGCUGAGGCCAAAGUCACGUGGGGCAUCAACAACAUGAACGUGUGCCAAUCGGUCGUAUUCAUGUUGGGCAUGCUUGUCGCCUUGCUGACGUGCGGCUUCCAGGUCUGGCAGGGGCAGAGGGAUCUCGGUGACUUCGUGCUGCUCAUCACAUACCUAGGCCAGCUGCAGGGACCGCUCAACUUCUUUGGCACCUUCUACCGGACAGUACAACAGGCCAUGAUUUCGGGCGAGAGGCUGCUCGAGCUCUUCAAAAUUCGGCCCACCGUCGUGGAUAGACCUGGUGUGCAACCCCUGCCGGAAUGCAGCGGCCACAUCAAGUGGAACAACGUCGGCUUCGCCUACGACAACCGGAAACCCGCACUGCACGACCUGUCGUUCGAGUGCAAGCCUGGCACCACCACCGCCUUUGUGGGAGAGUCUGGUGGGGGCAAGUCCACCGUGUUCCGUCUCAUGUUCCGGUACUACAACUGCCAGGAAGGGAGCAUCGAAAUUGACGGCAGGGACGUGAAGGACGUGACAAUCGAUUCGGUUCGCCGCUUUAUCGGCGUGGUCCCUCAGGAUACCAUCCUAUUCAACGAGACGCUGAUGUACAACCUCAAAUACGCCAAUCCGGAGGCCAGUGAUGAGGAUGUGUUUGAUGCGUGCCGUGCAGCUGCCAUUCACGACCGCAUCAUGAGUUUCCCGGACGGCUACAACACGAAAGUAGGCGAGCGCGGCCUGCGGCUGAGUGGAGGCGAGAAGCAGCGCGUGGCAAUCGCACGCACCAUCUUGAAGAGGCCGAAGAUCAUCAUGUUGGACGAGGCAACGUCAGCACUGGACGGGGAGACCGAACAGAAGAUCCAGUCCAAGCUGAUCAGUGGCAAUUUUGGACAGGGCCGUACCCUGUUGAUCAUCGCUCACCGUUUGUCCACGAUCACACAUGCCGACCAGAUCAUUGUUCUGCAUGCCGGAACCGUGGUCGAGAGGGGCACGCACCAGGAGCUUCUCGCUCUCAAUGGCCGCUACGCCUCCAUGUGGGAGAAGCACUGCGACGCUGAGCGGGCAGCCGAGCAGGCACGCCACGCCACACGGAAAGCCAAGAAGUUGCUGAGUCAAGCGAAUAUCUCGCGGAGCGACGAGCUAUCGCUUGGAUACAGCAGCAUGCGGUCGUCGACUAUCCUGCCUAGCGGGCAGGUGACUCCUCGGCAGAAGCUCGAUGGGCACGAAACCGCGUCGAUUUCGUCCAACUCUAGCCACUCUGGCUCCGAAGGCACCUUCCAAGACGACGGGUGCGAUGCACACCGUCACCGCGACAUUUUGGGGCAUGCCGAGCGGCCGGAUAAUGUCCGGCGACCUUUGCUUUACUCGUUUCCGUCACAGUCUUCUGCGGGCCGUUCAACGGACACGCAUAUAUCGCCUUAG